GACUGUUUUCGUGACCGCUGGUGUCAUGACAACGGCUAGGGACAAGAUGGCGGACGAACCUCAAAUUCAGGCUAUGAACUUUACAUGACAUUACGAGUCUGGAAUUGAAAGUUUUUCAUCGGCAGAUAGAUAUAAUAACAAUGGGGGACGCUAGUGCAACCAAGGAGGACUAUCUGAAGGCAUGCGGAGAAAAAGAUAGGGAGCCGAAUGGCGAAAUACUGGCUAUUUUAAACGCCGCGAUUGAUGACCAAUUUUUGGACCCAAACGAUGAGUUUGAACUGCGCCUCCAUGGAAAUAAAAGAAACGAGCGCAAUGAGAUGUAUAGAAGACGUCUAGAUGACGAGGAUGCAGAUAUUUUAUACAAGACUUUGAAAGCUAACACAUUUGUUGUGUCCUUGGAUCUUGGUUACAACAACAUUGGAGAUGAUGGGGCAAAGAUUAUUGGUGUUUUACUCCAGGAGACACUAGUGUUACAAACACUGAUUUUAAGCUACAAUGAUAUAGGGCCUGAAGGAGGAGAAAUUAUCGCAAAAGGUCUACAGGUUAAUGAGACACUCAGAGUCCUGAAACUGAAUGGAAACAAGAUUGGCAACAAGGGAGGGAUGGCUAUAGCUGGUACUCUUCAAGUGAAUACAGUACUAGAGGAGUUGGAUAUCUCUGAAGUAGACCUGAAAACUGAAAGUGUAAUUGCCAUGGCAACAGUGUUAAAUUAUAACAACACCCUUAAGGUGCUAUACAUAAACAGACCUCUCCUGUUUAGCCACCAGGAGGAAACAACGGUGCAUAUGGCAAAAAUGCUGAAGGUCAACAUACGACUGCGAGAGCUUCAUCUGACUCAUUAUGACAUUAGAGACUUUGGAGCAGAGCGCAUAAUGGAACACCUUGUUGAUAACCUGACCCUGACACAUCUGAAUUUGGCAAGCAAUAACAUUACUCGUGAUGGUGCAAAACAGUUGGCCAUUUUACUCAAGCGGAACACGCCCCUAGAGAUGCUCAACCUUGCCUAUAACAGGAUAGAAGACGACGGAGCAGUGGCUAUAGCCGAGGCACUUGCAGCAUACAAUACAAACCUUAUCAAGCUUGUUCUGUGUAAUAAUAACAUUGCCAGCCAGGGUCUAUGUGCUUUGGCUAAGAGCAUGAAGAGCAAUGUGGGGCUGACGUCCAUCUAUAUCUGGGGCAAUCACCUGGAAGAGCCAGCAUGUAGGGCAUUCCAGGAUUUGUUGUCUGGUGGGGCACCAAGGAUUGAAGCCAAGGACACUGAUGUUCAGCCAUAUGUUGUGGACGGGGUGGUAUAUCUCUCAAGACUAAAUAGUCCUUAUUGAUAUGAUGGGACGUUAGUCAUAAUCUUCUGAUUUCUAGUGUAUCAAUCACCAAUCAAUCAGCAUUGAGAUAGUUUAUUAAUGAUUAUUGAUGAAUAUGUUGCACAGUUCCAUGUAAUGUUCUUUGACGAAUCUCUUUGAAAAAUAUUACAUUUCUAAGAAGAGUGUAUAAACUAUACAAUAGUUUCUUAUCAUGUUAUGUUAGAUAUAGUGUAAAUAUUAUUACAAUAAAGGUUGUUCUUCCAA